AAAUUUCCGAACUUGACAUCUGUAUCCAAUUAUCCACUCCAUAAAAUAUCAAAGAAACAAAAUUCCAUAAACAAACAUACUAUACCCCAACCGAGAGAGACCAACCAACCAUACCCGCAUAACCCGUUCCUUGCUUCCGCCAUCACAACGCAACGCAACCACCAACCAACAAUGCCCCACCGUGGCUCAUCGCCACCGUUAAUCAGCCUCCCACUCCUCAUCAUUCUACUUCCCAUCCUCACCUUAACCCUCCUCUUCCUCGCCGUACCUCCGCUUCUCUCCGCUGCCACCAACGUCCUCCAACACUCCCCUGUUAAAACCACCUGGAACUGGAACUGGAACUCCUUCAACAUUAUCCUCGUCUUUGUCGCCAUCCUCUUCGGUGUUUUCGCUAGACGAAACGACGACGAAUCGUCACCACAGCCAAGCCCCACCGUUCCCGAUCAUAGCCAUGCCUUCCGCAGAGUUUCGGUAUCUUCUGAAAGAGCUGAAACUAGUGGUGGUUACGAAUCGCAACAAUGGUUUGGAUUCUCUAAUGAUGAAACUCCAAACCGGUUGCCGUCACCGGUUACCGGUGUUAACCGGUUGAGAAGAAGUAGUAGUUCUUACCCAGAUCUACGUCAGAUGGAAACCGAUGAUUCACGUUACAAGUUUCGUUUCUUUGAUGAUUUCGAAAUCGAGAAACAGUUCCGUUCACCGUCUACAGCAACAUUUUCCACACCAAAUCACCGUAAACAGUUGCCGGAAUAUGGAAUUCAAUCAGAAGAGCAACUUGAAGAGCAAGUUCACGUUAAGGAAAUUCCUGUAGAUACCUUUCAAAUUCGUCCUUCUCCGGUGAAGUCAUCCUCACCUCCUCCGCCACCGCCUCCUCCACCGGCUUCGACUAGGAGACAUUCACAACGUAUCCACCAGACAGUAGAGAGUAGGAGCGAGAUAACGGAGGUUGAAGAUCCUGAGUUCACGAGGAUUGAUUCUCCGCCACCGACAACCACGCCUCCGCGCCCGUCGGUGAAGACUCGAUCGGAGCAGAAACACGGAAAGAAUGAGAGAAGGAAAAGUAACGUGAAGAGAGAGAUAGCAAUGGUUUGGGCUUCGGUACUUUCUAAUCAAAGAAAGCGAAAGAAGAAAGAGAGACCAAGAAACCAUCAUAAUCACCAUUAUGAUAAUGUUGAGGAUUUAACAAACAACACAACGGCGCCGCCGGUGACUCCGCCGCCACCUCCUCCACUGCCUCCACCUUCGGUUUUUCAAAGUAUAUUUAGAAAGGGGAUGGGCAAGAGUAAGAAAAUCCAUUCAGUACAUUCAGUCCCAGCGCCACCUCCUCCUCCGCCGUCAAGGAGAUCGUCUAAGCCGAAGAAUCAAAUCCCCCAGCCUCCACUGACUCCUCCACCGUCAAGGAGAUCUUCUCAACCUCAGAAUCAAAUCCCCCAGCCUCCACCAACACCACCUCGCCAGGGAAGCCGCACCAAACCGCCAUUGCCAAACAAAUCGACCAGCUUCAUCAAUGACACCUUAAACAGCGGCAACCAGUCGCCUCUGAUCCCCAUUCCACCGCCUUUACCACCGUUUAAGAUUCCUGCAAUGAAAUUCGAACUUCGCGGGGAUUUUGUUAAGAUACUUAGUAACCAGAGCUCGAGGUGUACUUCGCCCGAGCGAGAGCACAUUGAUGGAGAAGUUUCAGAAACCACCACCGUUACAAACUCCGGUAUGAUUCAUAACAGCAACGCGAGUGUGCAUGUUUUCUGUCCGAGCCCUGACGUGAAUGCGAAGGCUGCAACAUUCAUUGCUCGUCUCAGGGGAGAAUGGAGGCUACAAAAGCUCAACUCCAUCAAGGAGAAAGGCAAUGGCUCAUUGCCUUUUGCAAGGGAUUCCACACACUAAACUAUAGUUACAUAAUUCACUCGUCUCCAUAGAAAACUUAGAAUUCGUUCGCGAGUUGAGGCCAAGUCGGCCACAUUUGAUCACAAUUUAUGGUCUGUGAUCACAAUCUCGACAGCAACAUAAUACUUUUCAAUGUUUUCGCGACUGCAGUUGAGGCCAACUCGGCCACAUUUGAUCGCAAGUCUUCGCUAUACUAAGAACUGCGACGAGACUGCAACAGCAAUGUAAAAAUGCAUAUUAAGAAACUGGGCUCUAGUUAUGGCUUUUUUUGUUCAACUAUUAGAGUCUAGUGAACAAUUUUUUUGAGAUUUUGAGUUUUGGUUUGCUUGGUUUUGUGGAUUGAUAAUGAUCCAAGGUUUUUAGUUACUAUGGUCUUAUAAAGAUCAUACAUUAGAAAUGAAGUAAAACUGAUUUGUAUAGGAAGAUAGCUGAGGUGAAGCUCUAAUUCUGUUUUUGAUGUGUUAUUAGAGCUUCUACCAGAUUUAUUGAGAGUGCGAACAUAUGUUUUGUUACAGCUUGUAUGUUUCUAAAAUAUGCAGCAAUGAGUAUGUGAUUGUAUUAGACUAUUUGUUGAAUAAAUGUGUGAUUUACUAGUUGAUAUA